AUGUCGCUUGCACACACAGCUGCGGAGUACAUGCUCUCGGAUGCCCUGCUGCCCGACCGCAGGGGCCCCCGCCUCAAAGGACUGCGCCUGGAACUGCCCCUGGACCGCAUGGUCAAGUUCGUAGCCGUGGGCUUCCCCUUGUUGCUGAUGUCGCUGGCAUUUGCCCAAGAGUUCUCCUCUGGGUCUCCCAUCAGCUGCUUCUGUCCCAGUAACUUCAGCAUCCGGCAGGUUGCCUACGUGGACAGUUCCUGUUGGGACUCACUGGUUCACCACGAACAGGAUGAGACUGGCCGGUACAAGACGAAAUCCCUCUGGCCUCACAAGGCCCUCCCCUACUCCCUGCUGGCCCUGGCCGUGGCCAUGUACCUGCCGGUUCUGCUGUGGCAGUAUGCAGCCGUGCCGGCCCUCAGCUCAGAUCUGCUGUUCAUCAUCAGCGAGCUGGACAAAUCCUACAAUCGCGCCAUCCGCUUGGUGCAGCACAUGCUGAAGAUCCGGCAGGAAGGCUCGGACCCGCACGCGUUCUGGGAUGAGCUGGAGAAGGCUCGGAAAGAACGAUACUUUGAAUUCCCCUUGCUAGAGCGGUACCUGGCCUGUAAGCAGCGCUCACACUCACUAGUGGCCGCCUACCUCCUGAGGAACUCCCUCUUGCUCUUCUUCACCUCAGCCACCUACCUAUACCUUGGCCACUUCCACCUGGAUGUCUUCUUCCAAGAGGAAUUCAGCUGUUCCAUCAAGACAGGGCUGCUACAUGAUGAGACCCACAUCCCCAGUCUGAUCAUGUGCAGGCUGACCUCUUUGUCUGUCUUCCAGAUUGUUAGUCUCUCCAGUGUAGCAAUAUACACCCUGUUGGUUCCAGUGGUAAUAUACAACCUCACGCGGCUGUGUCGGUGGGACAAACGGCUCCUAUCCAUCUAUGAGAUGCUCCCGGCUUUUGACCUCCUCAGCAGAAAGAUGCUGGGAUGUCCCAUCAAUGAUCUCAAUGUGCUCCUUCUUUUCCUCCGAGCCAACAUCUCUGAGCUCAUCUCUUUUAGCUGGUUGAGUGUCCUAUGUGCACUGAAGGACACAACCACCCAGAAGCACAACAUUGACACAGUGGUUGAUUUCAUGACUGUAUUGGCUGGCUUAGAACCCUCAAAACCUAAACAUCUCACCCAUGGGGUGUGUGAUGAAAAUCCAUAG